CUGCUCCAUCUAGCGGUAAAUUUUUCAACUAUUGUCAGAUGUUUCGUCUCAAGGUUUUGGUUAUCCUUGAGAUGUUGCUCUUUACAAAUUAAAGUUUAAUUAUUGAAUUUGUUUUUGUUUGUAUUGUUUUUUUUCUGGUCUUUUGAUUGACUUAGAUUAAUUAUGUCGAUCUUUAGUAAAUUGGCUUCAUCUUUUGUUCGACCUCCUUUAUCGGUCAUGAAAACAUUUGGUAGACUUUCCCAUGGACGUAACAUGCCUAUUGAAGGCACUAGUUUUAAUUGGUACAAGACAAUGGAUAUGAUCCAUUUUUAUGCUUGGAUUGGAAUUUUGACCUCUUUUCCCAUUAUUAUUUAUGUCAAUUUGACCCAUGCACCAGCUGAGCUUGCUGAUAUACCAGAAGGUUAUGAACCUCAAUAUUGGGAAUAUGAAAGGCACCCUAUUAGACGAUUUCUGGCAAAGCAUCUAUAUGGUGAUUACAGAGUGCAUUAUGAGAGGCAUCUCACUGAACAUUACCUGGAUCGAGAGGAGGAAUUUAUGUACAGAUUCAAGGAUAGGAUUGAAAAUAUUAUGAGGAAAAAGCAAGAUUCAGCGUCUUGGUUUUAUGUGCCAAUUGAUCAAGCUCCGAGCAGAAUUAUGCUUUCUGAUAGACAACGGUUUGAUGAGGAAGCUCUUAUUCAAGGUCCACCAUUUGGUUACCAUCUAACACAACCAGACCCUGCACCUGAUUUCCCAGGAGUUAGCGAACCCAAAAAAUUCUUGUCAAGUAAUCCAUUUGAUAAAAAAUAGAGAGUCGACUUUUAUUCUUCCCCUUUGGAUGGUAAGCCAUCAAUUGUGAUUACAAUCAUGAUUAAUGGUAUUUAUUGCUUAGAAAUACUUUGUUUUCUAGAUUAUCCUCUUUAAAAUAAUAAAUUAUAUGCAAAAGGCAUAUCUCAGCAAGCAA